CAAUAGCUCUAGGCAUUACCAUUGACAUUGCAGUACCGAUAUUCCUAUACUCUGUAGUCUCUACUGGUAACUUUUUACCAAUUCUGAAUGACCCAUUAAAUAACGUUCUUAGAAAAUUAUAGAAUAUGGCCAAAACCUACGAUUACCUUUUCAAAUUACUACUUAUUGGGGAUUCAGGCGUUGGUAAAACCUGCGUCUUAUUCCGCUUUAGUGAAGAUGCCUUCAACUCUACUUUCAUCUCGACUAUUGGGAUAGACUUUAAAAUUAGAACUAUUGAAUUGGAUGGAAAGAAAAUAAAAUUGCAGAUAUGGGAUACAGCAGGCCAGGAACGAUUUCGCACAAUAACCACAGCUUAUUAUCGUGGCGCAAUGGGUAUCAUGUUGGUCUAUGAUAUUACCAAUGAUAAGAGCUUUGACAACAUCAAGAACUGGAUCAGAAACAUUGAGGAACAUGCAUCAGCUGACGUAGAGAAAAUGAUAUUGGGAAACAAGUGCGAUAUGAAUGAUAAACGACAGGUUUCUAAAGAUCGUGGAGAACAACUUGCUAUAGAGUAUGGCAUCAAAUUCAUGGAAACGAGCGCCAAGGCAUCCAUCAACGUCGAGGAUGCUUUUUUCACUCUGGCCAGAGAUAUAAAAGCAAAAAUGGAAAAGAAAUUGGUAAGGAGGCGAGUCACCCGUCAGGCAAAGGCGGAGGUCAUCAGAUCAAAGCCGAUGAACCCCCUCGGAAACCUCUGACGUCGUGGCUCUCUCGGUGUUCUAUACUCUGAUUCAUUGAAUGGCUGAUUGAUAACAAUCAGGUAAAAAAAAACAAACAAACAAAAAAACCAAAAAGCAGAAGGAGACAAGAGAAUAAAGUCACCGCAAUAAGAGGGUUUUCAAUGGAGAUAUCCCCAUACAUCCUUAUUGUACAGUGAAAGCAUCAACUGUUUUUCAAUCUACCCCUUUGCAACACAACUAUCUUUUCUGGUCUUUUUUUAAUGCCCACUAACAAAUGUGCGCUCUUUCAUGCGCGCCACAGUUCUAGAUCACGUUUGGCAACCCAUGACCUUCGUCACUGGUGAAACUCUUGCCCCGUUCUACAGAGUGACUAAAUACAAAAAGAACUUCUUGA